AUGAGAUCUGCGCUGGGCUGGCGCUAUUUUUACGACCUGAAGUUUUGGUUCGCCGCGCUAGGAAUGUGCUUGGUGAAAAUUCCAUAAUUGCCUGUUCUACUUUCCUUGCCUCCUACUCGUUAGCGCAUGGAAAUUCACAGUCAGUUUCCUACGCGUUGAUAACCACUACCAAUGCCACUACCAAUGCCCUAGGCAGGUAUAUUCCUGGCUAUUUAGCGGACAAGUACACUGGUAGAUUCAAUAUGGUUAUAAUUACCGUGUCUAUGGCAGCCAUCCUGAACCUGACCCUAUGGCUUCCAUUUGGAGGUAACAUGAAAGUUCUUUGGGCUCAAUCGCUUCUGUGUGGGUUUUCGCAGGCUCAAUUUUCACAUUGAUACCUGUCUGUAUCGGCCAAACAUCAGAUACAGCUGAUUUUGGCAAGCUGUAUGCAUCUGCUUACCUGCUAGUGGCAAUAAUGACCAUUCCGGUAAUCCCUGUCGGAGGUGCGAUCAUUGGCUCAGGUUCCACCUCAAGCUACAGAUUCUUCAUACUUUACACUUCCCUCGUCGUGGGGAUCUUUAUGCUUUGCGGUAUCUCUGAUCAUUUGCGCGGGUUUCGCCAUGCGGAAGUUCAAGAAGUGAGAGAAGUGAUCUAG